UUCAUUCCACUCACUUCGUCCAGUCGCCGGUUAACGGACGCGCGGUUGCUAGGAGCUUUAACCGGCAGAGCGGCGCGGGCUCUCCCCCCGCCAUUCCUCGUGUCGAGCCCUGGAAUGUCGAAUAGCGGCUCGGGCUCUUCCUCGCGGAAGGAGUUCGAUGUGAAACAAAUCCUCAGGAUCCGAUGGAGGUGGUUCGGUCACCCCUCGGUCCCUCCGCCUCAGUCCCCGCCGCUGGGAGACUACUUCGCCGGGAGGAGGGCGGGUGACACCUCCGGAGAUGGACCUUCAGUAAGCGGCUCUAGCACCUCCAAUUCAGCCAGCGCGAACCCUAGCUCCGGGGGUCACAGCGGGCUGGUGGCCAGCGGCAGCGCCGGGUCUAACCUGUGUCACGGUGCCAACAGAAAGUUUGGUGAUCCGCCCGGGAGUCGGGGCGGUCCGGGUGGAGCGGCAGCAGGAGCCACGGGGAGCUCCUGUCCCCGGUCCUUCAGCCAGCCAGAGUGCAGGAGCCCCGCUGCCGCGCUGUCGUGGGUCUCUCCGCCGCCUCAUCGUCGCUCCCGUCCGGUUACGAGCAUGGAGCCCCCCGGAGAGGCUCCUGUGCUGCCGCUGGUACCCGAGCCACCCGCUCCUGUCAGCGUGGAGGAGGAGGCGGUGGCACUGGCAGCUUCGGGCACCGAGGAGAACAAUAACCACCUGGAAACCGACUCCAGCUCCUGCAGGACGUCCAACAGCAGCGCCACACUGUCCUCAUGCGUGUCGAUGGAGCCAUGUGCAUGUCCAGAGGAUUGUAUGUUCACUGCUCUGUCCCACGCCGAUGUCACCUUCCGCAAAAUGGAGGGCUACCUGAGGUCCCGGCAGCUGUGUGAUGUCACACUGGUGGCUGGGGAAAGACGGAUACCUGCACACAGGCUGGUCCUCUCAUCCGUGUCCGACUACUUUGCCGUCAUGUUCACCAGUGAUGUGAGGGAGGCCAAGCAGGACGAGGUGAAGAUGGAAGGAGUGGACCCUGAUGCAUUGUGGGCCUUGGUGCAGUAUGCAUACACAGGCCGUCUGGAGUUGAGGGAGGACACCAUUGAGUCCCUGCUGUCAGCCUCCUGCCUGCUGCAGCUGUCCUCUGUGGUUCAGGCCUGCUGUUCGUUCCUCAUGAAGCAGCUCCAUCCCUCCAACUGUCUGGGUAUCCGCUCCUACGCCGACGCUCAGGGCUGCAACGACCUUCAGAGGGCCGCUCACUCCUACACCAUGGAAAACUUUUUAGAGGUGGUAGGAGGCCAGGAGUUCCUGUUGCUCCCAUUGGACGAGAUGGAGAGGCUGCUCACCUCUGAGGACGUAAAUGUGCCAGACGAGGAAACCGUGGUAACCUCUUUGCUAACAUGGGUUAGUCACGACACCACCACACGAGAGCGCCACCUUCCUUCUCUGUUGGCACACAUCCGACUGCCGCUGUUGCAGCCACAGUUCUUGGCAGACCUGGAGUCCAACCCUCUGCUGCGGGACAGCAUGGAGUGCCAGCGGCUGCUGAUGGAGGGGAUGAAGUAUCACCUCUUGCCUCAGCGGCAGCCUCUGCUGCAGAGCCCCCGUACCCGACCCCGCAAAGCCACUGUGGGGGCCAUGUUCGCUGUGGGGGGCAUGGACGCCACAAAAGGUGCUACCAGUAUCGAGCAGUACUGUCUGCGUCAGGACACGUGGAGGCAGGUGGCCAUCAUGAGUGGACGGAGGCUGCAGUUUGGUGUGGCGGUCCUUGACGGCCGUCUCUACGUGGUGGGGGGCCGAGACGGACUCAAGACCCUCAACACUGUGGAGUGCUACAACCCGCACAGCAAAGCCUGGAGCGUCAUGCCUCCCAUGUCCACGCACAGGCAUGGCCUAGGUGUAGCCGUCCUAGAGGGGCCCAUGUAUGCAGUAGGAGGACAUGAUGGCUGGAGCUACCUCAGCACAGUGGAAAGGUGGGACCCCCAAGCUCGCCAGUGGAGCUUUGUUGCAAGUAUGGCUACACCCAGAAGCACAGUGGGAGUAGCUGUACUCAAUGGAAAGCUGUACGCAGUCGGAGGUCGUGAUGGCUCAUCCUGCCUGCGAUCAGUGGAAUGUUUCGACCCCCACACCAACAGGUGGAGUGCUUGUGCUCCUAUGGCUAAAAGGCGUGGAGGUGUGGGCGUGGCCACGUGGCACGGCUUCCUGUACGCCAUCGGGGGUCACGAUGCUCCGGCCUCAUCCCUCGCAUCUCGGCUCAGUGACUGUGUAGAGAGGUAUGACCCGCAGACAGAUGUGUGGACGGCAGUUGCCCCCAUGAGCAUCAGCAGAGACGCGGUUGGUGUUUGUCUCCUUGGCGACCGCCUCUACGCUGUGGGCGGUUAUGACGGCCAGGUGUAUCUUAAUACUGUAGAAGCGUACGACCCUCAGACAAACGAAUGGACACAGGUAGCACCUCUGUGUCUGGGAAGGGCAGGAGCAUGCGUGGUGGCCGUCAGACUCUGAAAACAUAAACAUCAACACCCUAUGCUAGAUUGUGCAUGUGGCUCUGAGACCCUCAGUGUACCGCUAAUGGUCAAGAAACCAUCUGCCUGCCAUCGUGUGACCAACGCCGGGAAGUUAGAGACUGAUGACACACUUCGGCGGAGUCAGAUUGAGCUGCCUUUCAUUCAUUUUAAUGUUUAUGUUUGGGUAAGCGUUAAAUCGCGUGUCAGGUUUCUGAAAAGGUUUAGGAUUUGAACAUCCUGAUAACAUAUGCCACAGAAUUGAACCGCCAUCGACACCCAUGAUGAAGAGGUGUUUAUCUGAGCAUGAAGGAACACCUGUCGUCUCGCAGCUUAUUUUCUUGCCUAUUAUUUUGUUCCUGCAGACAAGGCGGGACACACAUGCACAAAAACCUACAUGGUUGCUUUCAGCUUCUAUUUCUGCUGACAGAAAGGUGAGAGAGACAGAGAGAUAUUGUCAAGAGACUGUUUGCGGGGCCUGAUCCUUUUACGCUCUGGUUUCUCCUAAUAAUAUCUGAUGCCGUGCAUUGAUGCUAUUUUAAUAUAGUCCCUAUUAUUUUAUGCUGCAGUCGGCGAGUUGCUCUCCUCUUUCUUUCCGUUUCCUGCCUGCUGACAGAUGAAAGAAAGACUUUUGACAUAAUCAGCACAAGCUUAUGAAGCCCUACUGUAAUAAACUGUGACGCUCUUGUUUCUUUUCAGUCAAAAACAUAUCACAAUGCUUUUUUUCUAAUAUUUAUGUUUACGUCUUCCAUGUUGCAUCAGCUCACAUCUGGAGCAUACAGUAUACUGUGACAUCUAUUUUAUUGUAGCUUUUCUUACAAUCUACAAUGAUAUCAUAUCCGUUUUCAUAGUUGAGGUCCAUUUAGCACUGCUAUUAGAUUUAUAACCAGAGAAGUAAUAAUAAUACAAGUAACUGUGGCCAUUUGCUGAUCCCAUUUCCCACAGGGUCAGCUAUCUACAAACUUGGUUUCAUUCAGUGUGUGUGUGUGUGUGUGUGUGUGUGUGUGUGUGUGUGUGUGUGUGUGUGUGUGUGUGUGUGUGUGUGUGUGUGUGUGUGUGUGUGUGUGUGUGUGUGUGUGUGUGUGUGUGUGUGUGUGUGUGUGUGUGUGUGUGUGUGUGUGUGUGUGUGUGUGUGUGUGUGUGUUUUCAGAGAUUGCAUGGAGUAUAUUUUCAUCUCAAAAUGAGAAUCUCCCUGCUGUUUUCUCUUCCUCCCCAUUUUCCCAUUUCGUUGCCACACACACACACACACACACACACACACACUACGUUUUAGUGCAGGAUGGAUACCCAGACAAAAUGAACACAUCAUAUAAUGAAACCUUGAUCCAGCUGGUGCCAAUGUUUUGUUUGAUGUUGAGUUCAAAGCUAUUAUUAUUAUAUUUGAUGCUGUGGACCUCAUGUGUUCAUAUUUUUGCCCAUGCUUUUGUGAACUUGCAGGUUCAAUGCUGACACGUGCCACCAGCAUUUUGUGCUGUAUACUUAAUUUUAUAUGUUUUCCAUUAGGCUCAACCUGCUUCUCUGGUGUGUGUGUGUGUGUGUGUGUGUGUGUGUGUGUGUGUGUGUGUGUGUGUGUGUGUGUGUGUGUGUGUGUGUGUGUGACAAAGCAGCCUUCCUGUCUGAACUGACAUAUCUAGCCCCCAGGAUGCACUUCACAAAUACACGGACAUAUCACACACACAAACACACACACACAUACAGCGACACACUUAACCACACAGCUGAAAGCCACGUGCCCCAGGAGCCAGUGAAGAUUGAAAAGCCUUCCAGAUUUGCAGGCAUGACAUCUUAAAAGCAGAGACUGUUGGCUAGCGAUUCCCCACAGCUGAGCCGAUGUUUAUUCAAGCCUAAUGCACUGCUGCAUUAUUCUAUUUUCUUCCCCUUCAUACAGCUGCUUAUUUAGAGAGUCAUUCUCUUUAGAUCAGAGCAGAAGAAGUGUGUCACCGCCACUGUGUAGAGGUAGUCAGAGAGUUUGAUCUCAGUCAGAGGUUAAAAAUAAAGACCGACAUUCCAAAUCAUGUUAUAUAUUCUGUGUAUAUUCUGUACAUAAAUAAAUAUAAAAUCUGUAUGUAGUCUAAUUGCAUUAUGCUGUAUAUUAUACAGCGCCAAAUAAAUCUAUCAUGUGUUAUUGUGCGUUUCUGUUUUGUAUUAUGAAUUGAGAUGAAGCCGGGGUGUAAUAAAGUGACACUGAGAAAUGG